GUUUAUACAAAUUUAACUUAGAACCGAAGGAAUGAGAGAGUGAGUAGUGACUAGUGAGUAGCGAGUGAGUUUAUUUUGAAAAUCAAAACGAGAAGAGAGAGAGAGAGAGAGAGAAAAAAAAAAAUGAGUUUGGAUGAUGAAGAGUGGGAGUGGGACUUGAGUGCGGAAGAACUCGAUACUCUUGAAAGAGACGCUCUCUUGAAAUUCGCCGCUAAACCACCACCACCACCACCACCACCAAUACCGCCGCCGCCGUCGCCGUCACAACAGCAACAACCGCACUCUUCACAUUUCAACAACAAUAACCACUACUUUGAUCGCUCCCCCUCCAAACCCAUUAACAGGGUUGAACAAGCUUUGCCUAUAUCUCCUCGGUCCAGAGUAUUGCCCUCAUCAAUCAUAUCUAAACCAAACUUUGAUGAACCUUUGUCAAAGCCUAAGGCAUCUGUCAAAUUUUUUCUUCAUGCCACCGGAAACAUUGCUGCUAAAUUUUUAUAUGACCAGGUACUAGUAGCUGCGUUCCGCAAAAUUCCCAAAGCUUCUUGGAAUGCAAAAGAAAGGUUGUGGAUAUUCCCGAUAUCUUCUUUAUCUUCAGCAGAAAAAGUUCUUAGUGAGAUACCUGGUUACAAUGUUGAGGUGGAGGACAUGGAUCCUUUGGUGCAUCGUGCUAUUGCUGCUGCCUCUGCUGUUCCAGAUCUUCGAGACCGAUAUGACAGGAUGCCUAGCUUUAUUGAAUCUAAGCUUUUGCCUUUUCAGCGAGAUGGUGUUAGGUUUGUGUUGCAGCAUGGAGGGCGUGUUCUUCUAGCAGAUGAAAUGGGAUUGGGAAAGACUUUGCAGGCUAUUGCUGUAAGUGCAUGCAUCCGUGAUUCAUGGCCUGUUCUUAUUCUUACCCCAUCUUCCUUACGGCUGCAUUGGGCUUCUACAAUUCAGCAAUGGCUGAAUAUUCCUCCAUCAGAUAUACUUGUUGUUCUGUCUCAAUGUGGUGGUUCAAACAGAGCCGGAUAUACAAUAGUGUCAUCAAGUACCAAGGGCUGCAUUCGUCUUGAUGGCCUAUUCAACAUCAUCUCCUAUGAUGUAGUCCCUAAGCUACAGAAUCUACUUAUGGCAUCUGAGUUUAAGGUUGUGAUUGCAGAUGAGUCACACUUUCUCAAAAAUGCUCAAGCAAAGAGGACAACUGCUUCUGUUCCAGUCAUAAAGAAAGCUAAAUAUGCAAUAUUGCUUAGUGGAACUCCGGCUUUAUCCCGACCAAUUGAGCUAUUCAAGCAGCUGGAAGCAUUAUAUCCUGAUGUAUAUAAGAAUGUUCACGAAUAUGGUAACCGGUAUUGCAAGGGUGGAAUCUUUGGAAUUUAUCAAGGUGCAAGUAACCAUGAAGAAUUGCACAAUUUGAUCAAGGCAACUGUGAUGAUCCGCAGACUUAAAAAGGAUGUUCUUACUGAGCUUCCUGUGAAGCGUAGGCAACAGGUCUUCCUAGAAUUGGCAGAAAAGGACAUGAAACAAAUCAAUGCUUUAUUCUGUGAGUUGGAGGUAGUAAAAGGCAAAAUUAAGGCCUGCCAAUCAAAAGAAGAGGUUGAUUCACUCAAAUUUAAUCAGAAGAAUCUUAUUAACAAGAUAUAUACUAGUUCUGCUGAAGCCAAGAUUCCUGCAGUUCUAGAUUACCUAGGAACUGUCAUCGAGGCAGGAUGUAAGUUCCUUAUAUUUGCACACCACCAGCCAAUGAUUGACUCAAUAUAUCAAUUUCUUCUUAAGAAGAAAGUGGGUUGCAUUCGUAUUGAUGGUGGUACUCCUGCAGCUUCAAGGCAAGCUUUGGUUACAGAUUUUCAGGAGAAAGAUGCUACUAGGGCAGCAGUACUAUCUAUCAAAGCUGGAGGUGUUGGGUUAACUUUAACGGCUGCAUCCACCGUUAUUUUUGCAGAGUUGUCUUGGACUCCAGGUGAUCUGAUUCAAGCUGAAGAUCGUGCUCAUAGGAUUGGUCAGGUGUCUGCCGUCAAUAUCUACUACCUGCUAGCAAAUGACACAGUUGAUGACAUCAUUUGGGAUGUUGUUCAGAGCAAGUUGGAAAAUUUAGGACAGAUGCUUGAUGGCCAUGAGAAAACCUUGGAAGUUUCAUCCAGCCAAACAAGCAGCAGCCCUUUAAAGCAGAAAGUUUCAUCCAGCCAAACAAGCAGCAGCCCUUUAAAGCAGAAAGUUUCAUCCAGCCAAACAAGCAGCAGCCCUUUAAAGCAGAAAACACUCGAUUCUUAUAUGAAGCGCUGUAGCAACAUGGAUGACUUGGAACAUCAGCCCAAGCUCAAACAUCCUCGGCACUGAGCUGUACACCCUGUGACAAUGUUAAUAUUUUAUUUUCUUACACAAGCAUAGCUACAAAUGUACAGGCACAUGGAAAUUGCCUUCAUGAAAUGGUCAGAGACUCAGAGGUAUGCAGUAGUAUUAUCAUCAUAUUGUGUCCUCUUCACCCUCCAUUUUACUGUUAGGGUGGUGCAGUUUUAUUGUUCUUGAUGCUUUGGUGGGUUUUGGAAGUCGGAAGGUUUUCCCAGCACUCCAAGGGAAGAGGAACCCGAACUUAGAUUUAUGUUCGGUAACUAACCCCAUUGACCUGAGGCGUGUAGAUUUAUGUAGAGGAUCCUGAUCCAAUCUUGGGCUUCUCUUUCAUUUUUUUUUGGCAACAUAAGCAUUCAAUAUGAAUACACCGGUAUAGCUGAUGUGAACAUUGUUAUAUAGUGGUAGUACUGGUAGUCUGUUUGCAAAGAAGCGUAUGAUUAUUGCGGUGGAA